AUGAGGGAGCGCCGGCUUUUCUGGGCCCUCGUCGUCUGCACGUUUUUCGCUUCAGUGAUUUGUGAAGAGAACCGGGACUGCUCGUCGACGUGCCAGAAGGCGUGCGUCCCGGCGUGCAACAAGUUCUCGACGACACCAGGGAUCUGCUCGAUGCAGUGCAACAAUAUUUGCUCGGGCACCUGCUCAUCCGCCCGCCAAACCGCCGCCACCCAGCCACCAAUCCAAUUUAUGCCAAAUCCACAGGCCCAGCAGGUGUCGUCAAACCCGGGAUGCCAAUCCGCGUGCCAGAACAAGUGUCAGACCGCCUGCGAGUCAAAGGUUUCUUCAUCAAUCCAGCCGGCCAUCUGCAGCCAGACUUGCUCAAACGCUUGCCAGUUUUCUUGCUCGCAAACGGCGCUGACCGCCACCAUGGCUCCGUCCGUAACGACGACUUCGACGACACCGCAGCCGGUCAUUCAGAUCGCGCUCGACAUCCGCGACCCAUACUACGGCACCAACUGCCAGGAGCGGUGCGAUCAGAACUGUCUCUCAAUGUGUGUCUCCAUGGGGAAUCGUGGAGCCGACUGCCAACCGGCUUGCGCUAGCACUUGCCAGGACUCAUGCACGACAAGGACCGCUACGGCCGGAAGCCCUCUAGCCACCCAACCCCCGCCCAGCUACGCCACAGGCCAAUCGACAGGUUGUGUCACGCAGUGCGCAAAGGGUUGCGAGGCCGGCUGCCCGCCCGACGACGUGCAUGUGUGCAGCCCAUCGUGUGCCGCGGCUUGCGAGCAGCAGUGCUACAAAGUCGCCCUCGGCCUUAUCGACGAGAAGCCGAAAACCACGGUCCAAGCCCCUCCCGUCCAGCAGCAGCCGCAACAAAACUGCCCUUCAUCCUGCCAACCUGCGUGCGAGCCCGUCUGCGUCCAAGCCGCCUACCAAGCCCCAGCUCCGACGCUCCUCCCGGCCCAAACCUGCCCAGCGCAGUGCCAGCCGGCAUGCCAACCUACCUGCAUCCAACAGGUCACAACCACAACUACCCAGGCAGCUCCUCAAUGCAUCCAAGUCUGCCAGCCGGCUUGCGAGCAGAGCUGCGUCCAGAAGUACACCAUCAGCGUGGUGCCGGCUCAGCCUCAGGCGCAGUGCCCAAGUCAGUGUCAGCCAGCCUGUGAGCAACAGUGCGUCCAGCGGAUUCAAAGCUGCCCGACCCAAUGUCAACCAGCUUGUGAGCAACAGUGCGUCCAACAGGUCCAAACACCGGUCUACCUCACUGCUGCUCAACCACAGGCCCAGCAGCAGGCCUGCCCGGCCCCAUGCCAGCCCGCUUGCGAGCAACAGUGCAUCCAAUCUCAGCAGCCAGUGACGGUGCAGGUCAUCGCUCCUGCUCAGUCGAAGGUGCAGGUCACGUCUGCGACGGUUCCAUCAACAGCUUCCGCUAGCUGUCCUCAACAAUGCCAACCCGCUUGCGAGCAGCAGUGCGUCCAGGGUAUUCAGGUACCGCCGAGUGCACCAGCAGCUAACCCGGCUAAUCCUCAGCUAACCGAGCCGGUCGCCGACGACCCAAGCGCUUCUCCUGAGUUGCCACCUAAUCCCACAGAGCUUACUACUGAAAAUCCGGCUUUAACUACUAAUAUUCCCAUCAAUCCGGUACCCACCCUACCACCGGCACCACCGAUACCUUCGUCCGAGUUUCCAGGAGCUGCCCAGAGUCCUGAACCAGCGGUUUUAGUCCCAGAAAACGCAAACACUGGUGGACUCCCGGAAGCUCCAGAGAUCCAAGCCCAAGCCCAAGAUUCUGCCGCCACUCACAUAUUCGAGACCGGCCCGAUUUUUAUGAGUCCAGGGCUCGACGGUCCGGAAAAUCUGCAAACUACUGCAGCCCCAAAGAUCGAUCAAAAUCUACUGCUCAACUCUGAGACGGUACAGGUAGCAAAGUACGAGGCGGUCACAGAGACCGCCACGCCAAAUCCGCUAUUCACCGCUACCUUCACGAAACCCUACCAAGACUUGGUGGAGAGCCUCACGAAGAAGUUGAGACUGCUCUUCCAUCCUCCACCGGCGAACCCAAACGCAAAGGUCGUUUUUAAAACAACGACUGUGGGACCGAAUUCCGUCAUUCGGCUUCCAGCAGAUCAGGAAAUUCCGGAGGAUUCGAUGGAUUUGUUUAAUGACGAUGGGGUGUCGACUGAUUCAGAAAACUCUGCACUUAUGGAAGUAACGACAACGAGCCCUACUAAUUCUACGCUAACCCCCGUUAAUCUGCCUUCUAUUUCUAGAAUACCGGCAAGCACUACCGUUCCUGCGUCAAGUGCCUUUGCAUCGCAAGCUACUACUGUUGCGUCGCAGGGUGGAGAAACCAUGCCCACAAAUGUUACGGUACCUGCAUCAGGAAAUUCGGAGCCUUCGACAGUAGUCAGUAGCAUUCCAAUGAUUUCGGAGAGUCCACAGGUCAAAAACCUGACGAAUCUGGGUCCUCAGACUGGAAUCCUGGAAGCUGCCGCAGCGCUACAAACGACAUCAAGUCCGGCACCUGUUGUUGGUAGUAUCACCACCACCACAGCUCCCAUUCUAGCCGUCAACUCGACCUACACUCCCUUAAUCACAGAAACGACACCCCAAUCUUUCGUGACACCCACUCCACCGAUUCCCUCCACCGCUAGAACUCGCCCGUGGCCGAUAAUCUUCGCCUACGUCCCCAGCAUCCAACCUGAAAACCGCCCAAACACGCUCAGCCAGCUCCAGACGAGCCUGGCCAACGGUUUGAACAUGAUGCAACACCCUGAAUCUAGCAUUCUUCGACCUCCAGGUCUACUUCCGGCACCCACAAAAAUCCUGAAGCCCCCGACCGCUCUAGCUACGAGCACACCCUUCAGUUUUUGGGACUACCUCCAAAAAGCUAGACCGGGCCUUCAGCUGAGCCAGCUGAGCCAACCCAGUCCUGAUUCGGCGGUCCUAAUCAAUAGCCCUAGUCAAUCUGCCGUGAAUUUGCCUCUAAACGAUCAGACCCAAACGAACGGCGCGAACCAGACACCGGGGGCUCUCCCGCCCACGGUGCACUCGAUCUCGAUUGGGGUAUCAAACCAGCAGCUGCAGUGCGCGCAGCCCUGCCUCCCAACGUGUACCCCGGAUUGCCUCAUUGGGCUCCAAACGGCGCAACAAAACUCUGUGCAACAGCAGGCCACCGCUCCGACGACAGCGACUUGCCCGUGUCUGGAUACAUGCGAGAAGGGAUGUAUGCAGACACAGUCAAACCAAGAACAGUGCCACACGCUGUGCGUUGAAGUUUGCGCAGAAGAAUGUGGAAAAAUCACCAUCUCCAUCCCGACACAAACUCAGGCGCCAUCAGGAGUCGCCAACAACCAGAUCCAGAGCCCCGACUUCCAGUCGCCACAGUGCAUGCCGGCGUGCGAGUACUCGUGCAACAUGCAGUGCGUCGAGCGGUUGCCGCAGGAUCACUGCGGAAAUAUUUGCCGAGUCGUUCCACCUUUUCAAGCACGCUCACUAAAUUCUCGCAUGCACUUUCCACCAGUUAAGGUCUCCAUCGAGCUCGGUGCAUGCUUGCAAGUGUGCCAGCCGUCCUGUCUGAUCAAUUGUGUGAACGGGGAUCGAGACUUGCGCGGGACUUGCGCACCUGCAUGUCGUGGGGUCUGCGAACAGUCCUGCUCCAACACCGUGCUCCAACCACUGAUGGAGCUCUCCGGAAGUGUCACCUCGCACCCAUCCACCCCAGCGAGUGCCGCCCCGGUGUUUUCACGAAUUCAGCCCACCGAGUUGGCGCGUGAAACCUUGCAUGAUCGGCAUGAGUAUCAGCAUGUGUUGUUUGAGGCCGGCGCAUCCCAGGAAUGCGCGCCAAAAUGCCAGGCUGACUGCGAGAACUUGUGCCCCACCGUCACGCCUCAAUGCCAGAGCGGUUGUCAAAACUCGUGCGCCCAGCUUUGCGGAAAGGCGCCGACACCGGUCGCCGCGCUGGUUACCGCCACCGUCGCGUACAACUGCCAGGUGCCAUGUGAUGUCCAGUGCACGCAGAAUUGCGCCGGGCAAGACCCAGCCUGCGCGACGACUUGUGCUGGACAGUGCGAAACCGCGUGCCCCACAGUGACUUGUGAGGAUGCAUGUGAGACAGUGUGCCAAGGGCAGUGCACCUUCUCCGGACAGGACAGCCGAGCCUGCGGUCCGGCCUGCAAGCAGUCUUGCCGAGCACUAUGUUCGAAGCGACGGGUCAAGCGAGACGAAAUCAAACGC